AAGUGAUUAUUAAACGAGGAAACAAUUUUAAUGAUAAUGUGACACCGCAGUUGAUUUCUUAUAUAGCGACGGGCCUGAGUGCAGCGCGAUCGUCGCCCCGGCCGUUGAGCGCGGAGCGGUGCGAGGGAGACGGUAGGCGUCACCUACUGAAUUCCGACCGAAAUGUGCAAGAUCGUGUCCAGCUCUGCAUUAGGUUGACGCGUAAGCUUUGUAAUGAUCUGUCAAAAAAAGUUGGAAAAUGGUCAAUAGUUUGUAAGAAGCAACUUUCAUUGAUCAAUGAAGUACAAUUGUCUUAUUUUUUCUUAUUUUAGUAUUUAUUUAGAAAUUUCCAUAUUCUUGUACUUAGACUCUUAAGAAUUAUUUAAAUUUAAAAUGUAUGUAUUUUUGCUUCUGUGCAGCUGUUUAUGUAUCUUACAUCUAUUUAUAUUUUUUGCGUCAUCUAAAAUUCAACAUUCGACACAUUUAAAGUUAGUAUUUUGUUUUGUAAAUAUUCGAUGAAUAGAUGUACAGGAUUAUGGAUUUAACAGAAAUGACGACUCUUUAAUUCGGCCCUUACUUCAUCAAACAAAGAGGGGAACAACUUCGUGAAAAUUGAAACUGAAAAUUGAAACAAAUUUUGAUAGAACGACAAAGUUUUUGCGUCAAUCUGACGUAAUUUUAACUUAAUAAUUAUUAAUAGACUGUAACUAGAGAAUUGUUAAGCGAAUAACUGAAACUUUCUCUUGCUUCAAGCGCAGCUUUGAUUUUUGUCCAAAAUAUUCAAACUUUUUCUCGUUCUUCUCGUCGUAAGAUCCAUCGGAACUGUUGUAGAAAGGACUUUCUUUAGCGUACGAGGCGAGAAUGGGCAACCCGAUUACCUCGAUUGUAGAAGAACUAAUUAGAACGGAAAGACUAAGUCACAUCUCGUUGAGAAACGAAAGAGGUGAAGGGGGGAGAUACGAUCAAACAUGGUAUCAGCAUUCCAGAACGUCGAAAUUUCGCAAUUGAUAUUAUGCGAAUAUACAUGCGAAUCAUUGUGAUGAACGCGGUUGUUAUCGCAAUGACACGGCGCACAUCCUCGUCAUUCUAGCCAGAAUCGUUUCUUUUUGGUACAAUAAAACGAUGCCAUUUCACGGAUUAAUCGACCGCGCCAGACAACGAAGAUUGCGUAGACAGAUUAAUCGUCGAAAAUGCGUAAUGGAAGAUGAAAAGGAUUCAUAUUUAUUUCGCGGGCAAUCAUGCGGGAUUCGUUUAUCAUGGCUGCAUGCGCGACAUGUGUGAAUUUUAUGUAUUUUUUUAUAUAGAAUUAUUUUUGCAUCAGUUAGCGUUUGUCGCGUGAGGUGUCAACGCCGACAACGCGUCGCACAAACGGAGAACGAUAUAAAAAAAUCGAUUCUCUAAUGCAUGCGCCAAAUUUUGCGGCAGAAACACGAAGUAACAAAUUGUACAUACGAGAUAUUAUAAAUAUAGUAUUAUGCGCAAACGUGUACGUGCUAAAGGAGGAGAUGAGGAAGAAGAGUCUUUUAUAUUACCAAACCUUAUUAUAUACUAAUACGCUAGUAGCCACUUAGCUAUGGUACUCGAAACCGACUGACGAGGAAUGUACCUAGAACGUACGAUCAAUCAAAUAAAUGAUAUUUAAUGCAAUUUUGUUCGAUUUAUUGAGAAAGUGAAAGAAGCACUGUUUCUGCCACGGGUUAUGAUGAAAAAUAUUGUAAUUUAAAAUCCAUUAUUAAUAUCCUGUCGCAUUGUGCAUACGUGAAUGUGUGGGCUCGUAUAAUAUCUUAUUACAUCACGUUCCUACAAGUCAUUUUAUUGUAUCAAAUGAAAGAAUGUGAUUUUUUACUCGUAAUUAUAAGGGAAUUAUAUUUUCAUACAAGAGAAUUAGCUCUUAUUAUAUAUCUGGCUAUUAUAGUGACGAUUUGUAGUAACUGAGAUGGAUGACAGAUAGCUAGCUAACUUAACCAAGUGAUCAAAAUAGUUUCGAAAAUGUAGCGUAAAUUAUCAAUCGUUAUUGACAUGUCCCGUGAAGAGUGAAACGUUGCGUACUACAUCAUCAAUACAUUGUAAUACCGAGUGAAAGAUUCAAGUUAUGUCAGAAGAAAUUUGUCAUCGCAAUCAGGAUAGGCUCGAUCACAUAUUUGAGCAAGUGAAAGUACUUUCGGGCGUAGUGGAUGAACUUCGAACAGAAGUGAACAAUCUGAAGGAAAUAUCCCUCAAUGCGAAACGCGAAGAGGACUUGUUCGAAUGUACAAAAGUAAUCAACGAGAUUGAUCAUGUUAGACCUUGUGUAGUAGUAGGCAAAGUGAAAACAUAUCUUGAAAAUGUCAGGGACUUAGCAGCGACUGAGGAAAUUUGUCAGCUUGCGGAAAACAACCAGGUAAUUUCAAAACGUAACAUUUAUAUUUCUAAAUCUGGCUCGAUCUCUCCGAGUCGUCGCACGGGACAGUUUAAAAGAGAGAAGAAAGAACUUUCGUCCUACAAGCACCCAGCACCAAAAACUUUGUCGACAAUAUAUGAUGGUCUGAAAUCCUUUAAGAACAAGCUCGUCAAAAUCAUACACAGCGUCCCAGUGCCUCAGUUAUCUUUAAAAAGCACGAAGAAUAAAUGCGUUACGUCCAGUCGACAGCGGCAAAUUCGUUUUUCGCAAAGAGAAAAAAAAGGAAAGUUCUAUGAACUUGACAGAGCAAACGGGAAUGACGUUUGCAUCGAGUGCAUCGACAUCAACGAUGAGCCCGAUGAUUCAACGGAUACUUUACUUACAUCGGAUGCUUCUGCGGACGUCACUACUUGUUUAUGUCAAGAGGAUAAUGAAAAACUUGCUUAUUCUUCAUAUCGGGACGUAAGAACAACGGACGGGACGGAGAGCGGAGAACGGGAGAACAAUGCGCAAGCUAGUUCGUUGAUAAAUAAUAAUCGACUUAUCAUUCGUUCAAAUUGGAUUACAGACGAGUUAUCGAAAGGUCGUGUGAAGCAAACGUUCUUGAAGAAUAAGUUCAAAAAGUACAAGAUAUGCUCGUGCGGAAGUCAGUGUCCUUACGCAUUAUAUAAAUUGCCAUGCUGCCAAGAGCAAAACAAUUCAUCGGAAAAGAAAACAGACGAAGAAGACGGCGGAUUGACGCUCGAGUGCUCCAGUUUCGAGGAACAAAAUAAUUUUCCCAAGUUUGUGAAUAUGGAUGCGAGAAGAGAGGACUGUUGCAACGAGUGUCUUGCUGAUUUUAGUCUGAACGAGUCUUCGCUCUCAGUGGAUGUCAAGGCGGACGUUUGCUGCGACUACGGCAAGCCGGAGAACGUCAUUGACGAAAUCCCGAAACGAAGGACCAGAACACAUGUUAUGAGAGAAGCAAAGAGAAAUGACAAUGCAAUAAGUUACUUUAGAACCGAGAAUGAACCGCUGACAUAUCUGGAAGGAAAUCAGCAAAGAUAUCGGACUAGAAUGGAAGACUUUACCCACGAUUAUCGGUCGAUAAGAAAUAAUGAUAAACCAGUUCAAUGUUCGUCAGCGACUUUGAGAGCCGUUCGAAGAAUAUCUGUGAAGACUUCAACUCCGGACUUUCGACGUGGUACCUCAGCGAGUCGACCGUGUCGAGUGACAGAUAUGAUAAAGCAUAUGAAUUUUCCCAAGGUGAUAAUUCCAAAGCAAAUGAAAAUGAAUAAUAUGCAUACGCAAACCGAGAAGCAUUCGUACUUAAAUCGUCUACGAAGUGUCGACUUGCCGAUCGUUUUAGACGUUGGCAACGAGCAAUGCAUAAGAAAUAUUCAUGAGAAUGGAAAUAAAAAGAUAAUAAGGAAUAUGUAUGAUUUUCCGAGAGAAAAAGCUUGGUCUCGAGCCGAAAGAUAUGAUACGCAAUUCGCACUUCUAACGGAACAAGAUGGUGAGACUUAUUUAAAUAAAUCUUCAAACCAAGCGAGCUUUUUAAGUUAUCGGCGCGAUGGAACGCCUCCUUUAAGAAUUUCCUGUCCGUAUCGUUGUGAUCGCGUUCUUGCUGAAAAGCAUAAAAAUCUUGCGAUUCUGAUGUCGCGUUUUGCCAAAUAUCAUCCUUCGUUGGACGAAGGAUUUUGACAUGAGUAAUGUGUCAGAAAGACUAUGGCUGCUUCGAGAAAAUCGAGGAUAUCGCCGCGUGAUAAACAGCAGGGAUUCUGCUGUUUUCGAGUUUUCUUUUUUCUAUUGAAUCGGUGAAUCAUGGUCACACUGUGUAACAUAAAAGCCGACGUAAUAAAGCAAGCGUAGACAAUGCCGCCCAUUAUGUAAAAUAUAAUUUAUUAUAGUCGUAACAUUAUUCUCGAAUAUAUAAUAAACACGUAAACGUAACGAAUGUAUAAUAUAUAUACAAAUUGCAUUCUUGCAACGGCUUCAAUUGCUCCGAAUCCCACUUACAUAAACGUGUAUUUUCAGCACUCUGGAGAAAAAUACAUGAUGAUAGAUAUUUUCUUAACAUCAUUAAGUAACAUCUUGUAUAAUGCUUGUAACUGUGUUUCGGGAUAUACGACGUAGAUGGAUACAUACAAAUUUACGCGAGAAGAAUGUCGACGAAUUUGUGCAGAAUAAUCUAUCUUGGAUAUAUGAUCGUAUAUCGCGCACACGCAUUUUUCUUCACAUCGUUGAUUUGGACGAAUGAUCGGACCAAUUGUAUGGUCCGAACUCUGGAAAACAUGCUCGAGGCAGCGCAUUGUACACAUAUCGUACUGAAAUUUACAGAUACAUCCAGCGAAUAGUUUUUCGAGAAUAUCUCGUACGAGUCCCGAUGCGUGAAAUUAUAUGAAUAUCAACGUGAACCAAAAGAUAAUAUCGAUGAAGUAUCGAUGAGAAAAU